AUGCGUACUAUACUCUCCUGUUUGAAUUUGGCUCCUCUGGUCUUAAGCCUCUUAUUUAUGCACUACUCUGUUCUGUGCUGUCGGAUUGGGAACCACAGCGAGUGUGAUGCUGCUCCAUUUGUACCAGGACACAACCUGGUGGGGGAAGGCUUUGAUGUGGUCACACUGCAAAGAAAAGGUGCUUAUGUGAUUGAUGUGAAGACUUACCUGAGCCCGAGUGGUACCUGUACUCUUUGCUCCAACCCUCUUCAAGGCCAUAACUUCCAAAAACUACCAUCGUCUGUUGUGGACUGGCGUGCAUUCAGUCAAUGCAGUGCGGAUAUCUACAGUAGUUUUUACACCUCUACAAGCUCACUGAUUAAUGCCUACACAUCCCAGGACAGCAAAGACUGGAAGGUUGGUCUGGAUGUAGAAAAGUAUGCAUCUGCCAACCUUGAGGUAGGAGGAACCCAGUCCUCUGCCUACACCUUUGCCUCAGAGAGGACAAGAGAGGAUCGCUACACUUUCAGUAUGCACAGAGUCACUUGUAGCCAUUAUGGGUAUCGUUUACGAACCACGCCUCCCCUCAGCUUAGAAUUCAAAAACCAUCUAGCAAUCCUGCCAAGUCACUACAACUCCUCCACCAUUACUCAAUACAGAGAGCUGAUACAAACCUAUGGCACACACUACAUCCGGCAGGUUUACCUUGGAGGACGACUGAGGAGAGUGACAUCUUCACGAAGCUGUUUAUCCUCUCUGAAUGGUCUAACCUCAAAUGAGGUUCACUCAUGUUUAUCAAUGGGUAUUGCUGUUGGCCUGGGGAAGCUGAAAUUAUCUAGUGUCCAGAAAUCUUGCAGUAAAGUCCUACAAAACCAGGACUCUUCUACUCACUACGGAUCCGGCCUCCACCAACACCACACAGAAGUAUCAGGAGGAAAUGGUUGGUUGGGGGAGUUUUCAAUUUCUCAAAAUGAUUCCACGGGCUACAUGGGCUGGCUGAGCGGCCUGAAAGACUAUCCAGAUAUUGUUUCAUACUCUCUCAUACCACUCUAUAAGCUAAUACCAAGUGAGUCUCAAAAGUCAGGGAUGAAGGUGGCAAUUGAGCAGUACUUGGAGGACAACGCUGUGAAGACAUCACCCAAAGAACCUGUCUGUAAUGGCAACAUUCCUAACCUGGCCUCCAAUUGCUGCCCUCUGAAAGCUUCAAGAGGAACACUCUCAGUUACCAUUGUCAGAGCCUGGAAUCUUAAAGGAGAUCCAGUUGGAGAAACUGAAAGCUAUGCUAAGCUGUGGUAUGGCCACAUAUAUCACAGGACCCGUAUGAUACGAUCAAACUAUCCUUGGUGGAACGCACAGUAUAAUAUGGGCAAGGUGGACACACACCUGGGACUGAAGGUUGAGGUUUGGGACCAGGACUUAAGAUAUGACGACCGACUCGGAAGUUGUACGAGGAACCUGAACAGGGGUACCCACAGUUUUACCUGUCCCGCAAAGAGAGGAGGCUUUGAGGUCAGAUACACGCUGACCUGUGACUCGUAUCUGACUGGAGACAGGUGCAACACUUAUAAACCAUCUCCUUAG